AUGGAUCUCCUAUCAAUCCUGCCCAGAUUGUCGACAAAACAAUACACCCAUAUCCUCCCGUCCCUCGAGAGGAAGCACAUCAGCACUGUCGACUUGAUCACCCUCGACACGCUUGAGAUCGCGAAACGCGCGCACGUUCCCCCCGCCGAUGUCCGUCGCCUGUGCGCCGAUGUCCUCGAGGCAUUACACCGCGACCUGGGAUUCGAGCGCGAACAGCCCAAGACCAAGGUGCAGGAUGAGGAAGAAACAAGCCCAAGCACCCUGGAUGAGCCCCGUCUCAUCCCUGGGCCGUCAACCAAGCUAGAUCUUUCGCAUUGGAGCACGAUCAGCACUCUUGACCCCGCGCUGGACGCGCUCUUGGAUGGUGGAAUACCAACGGGAUAUCUCACGGAAGUGACUGGAGAGAGGUCUGACCGCGGUUGCAGCGGGAGUGGUAAGACGCAAUUCCUGCUCAAUCUUCUCCUCACAGCCCAGCUUCCCCGACCUCGAGGCCUCGGCAAGAGAGCGAUCUACAUAUCGACGGAGGCACCGUUGUCAACGACGAGGCUGUCCCAGCUGUUGGAGACCCAUCCGUAUCUAUCUACUCUACCUCCCGAUACUGCGCCGUCUCUCGCCAAUAUCCUUUCUAUCAACGCUAUCGACUUGGAAACCCAGGACCACAUCCUCAAUUACCAGCUCCCGGUUGCCAUAUCGCGUUACGAUGUCGGCCUUGUGGUUAUUGAUUCGAUCGCUGCGAAUUACCGUGCCGAACACGAAUCGCACAAUGUGUCCGGGAUAUCCACGCGCUCGGGAGAACUGGCAAGACUGGGUCAGAUGUUGCGAAAUCUCGCUGUCAAGGAAGACAUUGCUGUCGUAGUCGCAAACCAGGUCUCUGACCGGUUCGAUUCCUUCGACGACCAACCGCGAUUGAGGUCCAGCCAAACCUUGACGCCUGCGAUGCGAGAGCGUGAGUCUGGUGCCAGAUCCCCCCUGCCGAGAAAUCGAGUCGAAGGUUGGAACGCGGAGACAACCCCUUCCUCAUCACCAGGCCCGUCUUCGCCGUACGUCGAGGAUGAAUCUUUCGAUGGCGCGUACAUCGUUGGCCAUCCGGUGAGAAACGAGACUCUCAGUCUAGCCCAUCAACAGCGCUUUUUCACCGGUUGGGGUGACGCACCGGAGCUCGAGUUUUCAGAGUCUCAAAAGACGCCGGCUUUGGGCUUUGUCUGGUCAAACCAGAUAGCUUGUCGCAUAUCACUGAAGAAGGAGGACGAAAUUCAACCUCUACCGGUUCCUGUCGACACGGUUCCUGCGGCGACCCCCUCUUCACAGACACGGCCACCGGAAGCAACUCCAGUCCCAGACGAUUCGAAGACAGCUUCUCAAGAGACAGAUUCCACCGACGUAAAGCCAACAGCAAGCCAAGGGGACGAGAGGGGUCUGUCCGCGAGAGUACCCACGUCAACACCAUCCCUAGUUGCAGACAAGAUUACCAAGAGACGGCUCAAACUGGUAUUUGCGCCGUGGACAGCCGGAAGGGCGGACAAUGCCAGCGAUGAGGUAGAAUUCGAGAUAUGGAAGGGCGGAAUUAGAAGUAUAAAGCAAUAA